GUCCAGGCCAAUACUCGCUCUCGAUCAUGCAUCGUCCUCACUCAAGUCAACCAACCCCUGGCCGACAUGUCGUCAUUCUUCUGGUCUUUCCAGAAGAGUAACCACCAGCACCAGCGAUACCUCGGUACAAGUUGUGAUAGAUACUUUAUUUAGUACGUAGAUACGUACACUACCGCGUACCUCCCACCUGCCAAUUGACAGAUGCAAUGGCACAUCACUCCUGCAGAAGAUCCCGUCCAGAGCAGUGGGAGCACCCGAGCAGCCAAGCUUUUCCAAAGGCAGAGAGAGACGGAGAGAAAUGCACACACACAUCACCUCGCAUCUUGCGUCUCGCAUAAACACCCAGCCGGCCCAGGGCCCAUGCCUCGGGUCCAACAAAGCAGCAAAUAGCAAAUCGGCUCCUGAUCCACUGCACCCAAUCUUGAGCCUCGAGCGUCCCUGAGGGGCAGGACAAACUCCGCUUUGUCCACGUCAAGAAAAGGGCGACUCGAGGCUUGAUGACUCCUCGUCCCGGGGCCUUUUGUUCGCCUGUCACAUGUCACAUGUCACUGACCAGCACCAAGCAGCCCGACCGUACUGCCCAGACGCUGCACCCUCUUGACUUACUUGCCUUCUCUUGAUCGACAUCGAGGAUUUGUUGGGACCAAAACUGCCCAUUCCAACCCUCGAUGCUAUCAUGCAAUGUUUACUUGCGACCCCGAAACUGCUCACAUUCCGUCCUGCCUCUCCACUUCAGUCCUCAGUCCGCAUGAUCAUUAACCGCGGGGAUCUGCUUUAACUCAUCAUCAUCAGUUCGCCACCCUCGGCCUGCCCGCCAACGUCCUCAACAAUAUGUGCCACAUCCCGGCCACGCUCACGUGCUUUACAACUGCUUCACUUGUCCCUCCCACUGCAAAAGCUCCAACCUGAGCCUGACCACCCCGCUUGCACGAGUCCUCGUGCCUCUGCUCGCACCUCGUCGGAGAUGGAGGAUCGCAUUCAGAAUGGCUUGGUCGGUGGCCCCUCCGCCGCCGCAGCACCUGAUCCCCUCGGCCUCCCGGUUGAGCCGCGAGACGUGAUUCCGUCUCCUCCGCCGGGGCGAACUCUCCUGCCAGCACCAGUCGCCACGGCUAUCAGUCUGUGGACACGGUCCACCAGCCUCGCCCUCCGCGUCGGCACAGUCAUUGGCGGCUAUGGCUUCGGCGCCGCAAAAGCUACCACCCUGUCCAGCCUCGAGCUCGGCCGCGGCAUCAUCGAGGGCAUCCUGCACCGUGCCGGCUCCGAGUCCUUCUCCCGCUCCAACUCGGACCUCGGAAGGGCUGAUGCCGAGACCAUCAUGGAGCGGAGUCUCGAAAGCCUACACAUCGCAAUGUCCCAGGUCGUUUUCUGGACCACUGCCGGCUUCAACCUGACCAGUACCACCUUGUCCGCCAUCUCCGAGGUCUCGCAGCUGACCCUCUCCUACCUUGACUCCAUUCUGGGCUCCACCGAGUCCUCCAGGGCUAUCGCCAGUAUCAUCACCCUGAUACGCCGCGAGUUCAACAACCCCGCCACCGGCCAACCGGGCGAGCACGUCGGCGUCUUUGAUCUCAUCGUUGGUAUGGUAGGGUUGGCUUACUUUCAGAGAUGGUCCUGGAGGCUCAUCAUGCAGGAGAGUCAGCGCCUACAGGUCGACGAGAUAUUGUGGGACGUCGUCAUUAUCAAUGACGAGGAAAGGCUGGACUACAGUAGGGUCGACAAUGCGAGGCAGGCCGCUGGCCGCGGCACGGAACCAGGCCCGAAUGAGAUGGUCAUACAGACUAUCCAGCAGCACGAUACUGCUGAUAGCAGCGAGGGCGAGGGUGAUCUCCCCGAGAUACGGCUCAAACAGCAGAUUAUGCGCACGCUGCCGGCUGGUGCCAAGGUAUCCAUCAUGACAGAGACCAAGACAACCAAGACCAUCACUGUCGAUGUAUCCGGCACGCAGCCCAGCGCCCUCUCGCCACCCGCAGGUGUCGAGCUCAUUGAGGAGACCCGUCUGCGGCCCGUCUCGUCGCAAGGUAACCGCCGUCUAUCGAUGUCGUCAGACCUCUUGCAGGGCGCCAGUCCUCUGGACUCCACUUAUCGGGUGGUUUACAGGGUCAAUAAGAACACACUUAGAAGUACCGAGAUGGAAGGCGGCCCCGAGGAAGCCGAGGUGCCUCGAUUCGUGGAACAGGUCGACUCGGAUGCUGAACAGGGUCUUGACCAACACACGAUUUCUGAUGACGAGAAGGACGUAGUACCACCGUCGCCGGCCUCGCCGACCUCGCCAACCUCGCCAACCACUCCGCCUCCGCCUCCCCCAAAGUCCCCUCGCCAUGAGGUUCACACCGAACCAUUCCCCCCUGUUGUCGAGGCACCGCCUGUUCGUUCACGUUCAAAGAAAGGCCGGAUGUCCCCAGCCCUCAGCCGCAAAUCCAGCGUCGACAAGACUUCGCAAAUACCCCUGCCGAUGCAAAGCGCAGAGACCUCCGCGAACCAGAAAAGACCGAGGAUGCCCGUGUCACCUCCGGGUUCGACGAGCAGCACCGAGGCCCCUCGCAAGAAGCAACAGUCCAUGUCGAAAUUGCUAUCGAAACGGCCAAAAGGCGACGUGACACCGCCCAACUCGGCCAAACCACCAAGUGAGAAGAAGGGAGGUCUGCGCAAUGUCUUGAAGAGAGGCUCGGGAACAAACCUGAGCCACCCUGCCACUAAAGAUAGGAAAGAUUCAGUAACCUCAAAUCCAUCGGCGGCCGCGAAAGGGAAGCAGCAGCAGCCUAUUCGAGACUUACGACGCGGGCCGGCGCAGGCCAACCAAAAGCCGUCAUCGUCUGCUGUAAAGAAGCAACUAUCUGUUACAAAUCGCGACUCUUCUCUGGUCCCACGACGGGACGCCCCUCGUCCACCCCAGGGAGCGCAGGCCAGAAACCCACUCACGUCGCGAGCGCUCGCGGAAUACGAAGCCAGCGGAGCCGUGCCACGCAGCCCUUCCCGAGCAAGUUACAUAUCCAUCCACGAGCGUAGGCGGGACUCGCUCAUCUCGCAGACGGAUACCUUCUCCAUACACUCCGUGGAGCACCAUCUUCGACCCGUGUCACCCACCUACAGCCGUAGUCCCAUCGCGAAAUCAAAAUCCGAGAGAGACAUUGUUGAUAGACAGCUCCCUCCACCGUCGCCCUCGCGGCAUCACAGACGAGUCAACUCUCAGACCUAUUCACCAAGCAUUUACACUUUAAAAACAGCUGAUUCACAGAUGUCCCUGAUACCCUUCCACUACCGCAGCCCAUUUGGCGAUGCCGAAGCCCUCCAUACCCUCCGCCGCACAGGUAGCAUCGACACGACGUUCCCGCGCUUCCACCUACUUCGAAAUAUUACUCGCUAUAUGCGAUUUUCCUCUGCCUCGUACGGCUCGAGCUUUCUGAAGGUCCUCGGCAUAUCCAAGACAAUGCCGCCCAUGCUCAAGGCCCUCGACGACACCCACCACGAACUCCGCAUGUUCGCCCACCACACCCAAUCGCAGCCUCAAUCCAUUCUACUGUCGUCUUUUGUUGAUCCACAGGGCGGUAGUGACUCCUCUGGAGCAACCGAGACCGGUGUGCCGCUCGUGCACUAUGUCUCUCUGGACGACGAGUCGAAAGCAGUAGUGUUGGCCUGCCGUGGAACACUGGGGUUCGAGGAUGUCCUCGCCGACAUGACAUGCGACUAUGACGAUCUCGUAUGGCGCGGCAAGAGCUACAAGGUCCACAAGGGAAUCCACGCCUCUGCGAAAAGACUGCUAUAUGGUGGCGACGGGCGGGUUCUGGUCACGAUAAAGGCUGCGCUGGAAGAGAACCCGGACUACGGACUCGUCCUCUGCGGCCACUCGCUCGGCGGUGCUGUCACCGCCCUGCUCGGGGUCAUGCUCAGCGAGCCCAUCGACGGCGGCACCUCCUUCGUAACAUCCGACGAGCCGCACAGCCGCCUGCUGACGUACCCGAGCUUUUCGUCGGCCGAUGCCACCGCGGGGCAGCAGCAGGUCAAGCCGCACAUCUGCCUGCCCGCCGGUCGCCCGAUCCACGUUUACGCCUACGGCCCGCCAGCAACCAUGUCUCCUUCGCUGCGCACCGCGACUCGCGGGCUGAUCACCUCGGUCGUGCACGGGCAGGACCUGGUGCCGUACCUGUCGCUGGGCGUUCUGCACGACUUCCAGGCCGUGGCGCUCGCGUUCAAGACGGACAACGCCGACGCAAAGCAGGAGAUCAAGCAGCGGGUGUGGGAGGCAUUGCAGGGCGGGCUGAUGGACAAGUGGAGAGGAAGCGGCGCAAGCAGCGCCGGCGCCGGCGCCCGCAGGGAUCCCGUCACCGACGAGGACGAGGAGUGGGCGUUCGCCGCGUUCAAAACGCUCCGCGCCAGCAUGAUGAGCGAGAAGCUGCUCCCCCCUGGUGAGAUAUUCGUCGUGGAGACGGAGAAGGUGCUUCGGAGGGACGCGUUCGUGGGAACCGAUGGCGAAGGGCAAGGGCAGCAGCAUCAGCAAGCUGGGGGCAGCAGAGACGAGCACAACAACAAUAAGGGGAAACAGCAGCAGCAGCAGCAGCAGAAAUCGUUCAAGUACGUCGGCCGGCCCGCCAGGAGGAUCGUCCUCAAGUACGUGCGAGACGUGGAGACGCGGUUCAGGGAGGUCCGGUUCGGGGCCACCAUGCUCACUGAUCAUAGCCCUGCCAAGUAUGAGGAUGCGCUCGAUGGGUUGCGGUUCGGGGUUGUUGAGUCUUGAUGCUGAGCGUCCAUCCCUCUUCCAACUGCCUACUCACCUAUCGAGCUUGAGGUUUCCCACCGAAGAACAGCACCGCGCUCCUACGCAAUCCUCCAGUGGCUCCUUGUUGACCCUUUAUUUACCUUCGCGCAUGACAGCAUCGCUUCCCUCAAGUUGGGGAGCGCAUGUUACUCUUGUACAUAACACAUGUGUCCAUGGCGACGUGGAUAGAUAUACAUAUAUGCAUUUUUGUGUGCUUGGGUACGAGAUAAGCUUUGAGGUAGUAGAUCUUGGUUAGAUUCUGCAUCACCAUCAUGUACACCCAUUUGUCCAAA